UGCCUUUGUGUUUGAUUGUUUUGGUGUUGCAGCUUUCCUUAUCUUGGAUUGAGGUAUGGUGGUGUGGUGGGUGACCAGCACACCAUUAAGAGUGAGUGUGUGAGUGCCGGGGUGCCAUGCAGUGAGUGGUGCCACAACGCUCCGUAUUGGUGUCUUGUGUCUCAGCAUGACCAGGAUGUAUCUUGAUAACAAGAAAGAGGAGGAAGAAGAUUCUCACACACCUUCCCUUUCUUCACACAUAACAACAAGUGGACUGUGAAGAAUUAAGUACCACAACACAAGCCUCUAACAGUGCAAUGCAAGACCCCAACAACAGUGAGUCAGAGGAGGAGGGUGGUGGGUACGGCCCUGCCCCGCCACCUCACAUGCAGCAGAAAGGCAGUGACAAGAGUGAGUCGGAAGAUGAAGGGGAGGAGUACUGCCCUGCCCUGCCACCUCACAUGCUGCAGAGGGGAAGUAAGACCUCUCCUCAGUCUCCAGAGAGAAGAUCCAUAGUGGGACCCAUUCUGCCCAAAGGCUUUGCUCCACCAACAGAGGAGCCACCCGUAGAAGAAGAUGCAAAGGAAAGUGAAGAGGAAGAAGAGGAAACGGGUCCAGUGAUAGGUCCUGUGCCCCCUGUUGACAAGGUGAACCCAAAGGAGUACAGGGCAUGGGAGUUAGAAGAACGUGCUCGGAAGAUGAAGGAAAAGCUGGAAGGUCGCGAUGUGGAUUCCAACAAGCCUCUUGCCAGGGAAAGUUGGAUGACAGAGCUCCCAGAUGACAAACCAAAUUUCUGUGGUUUGGGACCAAGACAGUUCCUCCGCAAGACACCAACUGAGCGAGGUGACCGCUCUUGCUGGACAGACACACCAGGCGAUAGAGCUAGGAAGGCAAAGGAACAGGAGCAGCAGCGGGUGGAGGAGAGCACCCCGGAGGAGUCGGCCACAAAGCAGAGGGAUAAAGACCUAACAGAGAAAGUGGAUGAAUACAACAAGAACAAGAGAGCCAAACCACUUGUAGAGCUGCAUAGAAAAGAACUUAAGAGGAAGCAGAGCUCUGAGGGGACCAAGGAGCGUCGGCCAUUUAGCCGUGAGGAAGAUCUCAAUGUCAACAAAUUUGAUGAUGCACAAAGGGAAAGUGUAUUAAAGAAGGCACGGCAGCUCAAUGACAGGUUCUCCUCAGGGAAGGCCAAGUUCUUAUGAACAUAAUGAAAGGAGCUGGUCCAUUGUCAAGGAAGAAGGUUAGGUGAGGUUAUUUGUAAGAAUUCUUUGAAAAUGUACAAAAUAGAUCAGUAUUGAGUACCGUCUUAAUUAGUUUGUAUUACACAAUUAUUUAAUUAAUAUUAUCAAGAUGUAAAAUUAUUUCUACUGUAAUUUUGUAAAUGUGUGAUACAGUUCCAUCAUAUUUAGUGAAUAGUAAUGUGUAGAUAAUGUCAGUGCUUGAUAACUUUCUGACAUAAUUUUUAAAUAAAAGAUUCUUAACUUGCAA